AUGAAAGAUAACGAGAAAAACGAAUAUGGAACUUUCCCUAUUACUAUAAAUGAAGCGUAUUCAGAUAAGCAGACAGAUAACAUUAUAAAAGGCAGAGGAUCAUUCUAUGCAUUGUAUGAGAAAAUAAAAUUAUUAAUGUUAUUUCUUACCUGGUAUGCAUUAAAUGUAAUGUACAAUGUGGAUAAUAAAAAAGCAUUAAAUAUGAUAAAAUUACCAUGGCUUAUUAGUUCAGUUCAAUUAUUUACAGGAUGGAUGUUUAUAUUUAUAUAUUGGAUAACAGGAUUUAAGAAAGUACCAAAAAUUUUUUCAUAUGACUUGUUCAUAAAAAAUAUAUGUAUACAAAGUUUUUGCCAUAUAUUAGUUCACUUGGGUGCCGUUAUGUCUAUGUCUUCAACGACUGUAUCUUUUACACAUGUUGUUAAAGCAUGUGAACCAGUAUUUACAGCCGUGUUAUCAAUAAUAUUACUAAAACAGUAUUUAAAAUUUAAUAAAUAUAUUUCUUUGUUUAUUAUUGUUGGGGGAGUUAUAUGUGCAUCUAUGAAAGAAUUACAUUUUACUUGGUUAUCAUUUUGUUGUGCAACGAUUUCUAAUUUUGGUUCAUCUAUGAGAUCUAUAUUUGCAAAAAAAAUGAUGGCACAAAAAUCAGUAUUGGGUGAAAAUUUAAAUGCUUCAAAUAUAUAUGCAUUAAUUACUAUUAUUUCAGCUCUUAUGUCAUUACCAUUGGUUUUAUUAUUUGAGGGUAAGGCAUCAUACAAUUUUUUAGUUAACCAUAAAGAUUUACAGUUAUCCCAUUCUUUUAAUGAAAUUGCUUUAAAAAUCCUUUUAAGUGGAGUAUGGUAUUACUUAAAUAACGAAGUCGCUUUUAUUUGUUUAGAAAAGGUAAACCAAGUUACCCAUGCUGUAGCAAAUUCUAUAAAGCGAGUUGUUAUUAUCGUAUCCUCUAUUAUUAUUUUCCAAACACAGAUGACUGUACUCGGUGCCAUUGGAUCGGCUGUCGCACUAUUUGGUGCGUUCCUCUAUUCAGUGUUUUAG